AUGAUUCUGUUUGCAGAGAUCAGCAAGUGGUCGAUUCGUCAGAAGGUUUGGAACCACCUGGAGAAGAAUAAUUGUGAACUUCCCCGUCCUGUUCACCAUAAUCCAAACUUCAAGGGUGCUGCUGCAGCUGCUGAGAGAGCUUCGACCCUGGAUGUCUUCAAGUCAGCGAAAACGAUAAAAAUCAAUCCUGACAAACCCCAGGAAAACUGUCGCUUCCUCACUCUCGAGGCCAACAAGACCCUGUUGGUGCCCACCCCACGCCUGCGCUCAGGCCUCUUCAAUAAGAUCACCCCACCUGAAGACUGUAACAAGGAGACGUUACGUAUCUGCGCAACGUCACAGGGCGUGAAGGAAUACAGUACACCUCUAGGCCUGGACGCUAAAGUCAAGGUGGAUCUGGUCAUUGUGGGAUCUGUGGCUGUCUCCAGACAAGGCUUCCGUAUUGGUAAAGGAGAAGGGUUUGCUGACUUGGAGUAUGCCAUGAUGGCCACAAUGGGGGCUGUGAACGAGAACACCAUCGUCGUGACGACGGUGCACGAGUCACAGAUCCUGGAUAUCCCUGAGGAGUUGCUAGGUGACCAUGACCUCACCGUGGAUUACAUCGUCACCGAGGAGGAGAUCAUUGAGUGCAACAGCGGCCGGCCCAAGCCCGCUGGCAUCAUCUGGUCCAUGCUGGACAAAGAUAAGCUGAGUCGAGUCCCCGUCCUCAAGCGGCUGCGGAAAAUGGAGAGCGAUGCCGGUAAAGACGUCACCAUUAAAGAUUCCACAGAGGUGGAACCCGUCGACAGUGCGGAAGAGGAGAAUGAUGAUGCCGAUAACAGGCCAAGAUCAGGUAGAGGUCGUCGGGGAAGGCGUGGAGGACGAGGAGGUUAUGGUAACCAGCGCAUGUUCAGGAAUGGACCAGGGGAAGGUUAUUCCGGAAGAGGUCGAGGUGGCCGACGACGCGGGCGAGGGAGAGGUGGCCCACGUGAUGGGCCGGGACGAAGACAGUAUGAAGACGACAUUCCGUCGGUGUACGUUGGAGGCAUCCCGGGUUCCGUCCGUGUCAGUGAGCUGAAGUCGAAGAUCCGCGAGAAGGAGGUGAACCCACUGAGAGUGAUCUGGCAUGGGCAGAAUGGACAUGCGUUCCUGCAGUUCCAGGAAGCGACUGCCGCAGACGAGGCCAUUGAAGCCCUGAAGGAUCUGGAGAUCGUCGGCAAGCCUCUGCGCGUGGAGCACUCGCGACGAUCCAAACCCUCUGGCGACAUGAACACCUCGGGAGAGGCACAUGAAACUGACCAGAGGAAUAAAGGGGAGGAGAGCGCAAACGCCCGCACUGACAGCGAUGGAGAGGCCAAUGCUAAAGGCGAUGCCGGCCCUGAUGCGGACGAUUUGGAUGUGGACUAGCACAUGUAUGUUACAUAUCUGAUUGUUACUGUAGGCCGGUGUACAUAUACCCAUGUUACAUACGACAAGCAAGUCGCACUAUUUUUCGGUUAAUUUUUCUCAGUAGGUAAAAUGUUACAACAGCAGCAUGGUCGAGACCUGAUCAGAAAUUUUGAAAGGUUAUACUAUUAUUAUUAUUAUUAUUAAUCGAUUUACUGGAAGAUUUGAUAUUAUCACCUCAUGUUACAUUGUACAUAGCGCCCUCCUUCCACCACAUUGUACUGUUUCAUUGUAUACCUAGUGACCCUCUCUUUGUAGAGAUAUUGAUGAUGCCAACAAUGCAACUGUAACUUCAAAUAAGGCAGGGUGAAACCUUCUGGUUUCCUCCUGGAGAUUUUAGUUCAGAAAAACGGACUGCUUUAUUGAAUCGGAUACCAAUAAAGCAAUAGAAUUCACAUAUUUCAAACUGUCAGAAAUGUCUGGAGAAUUUCUACCUUUCUUAUAUUUGGCUUAGUUUUAUUGUUUUUUUCUUGUCCCAGUUUUGUGAAAGAAGCCUGAAAGAUUUGUUAGAAAUUCUUUCUAGUUGUUCACACCAUGAAAAGUGCCUUCGUUUCUGUCUGGUAUUUUU